AUUGCUUAGUCCACAAAAAUCAUCAGAUCUUCAGAUAACCUAAAAAUCUAGUUCACUUACCGGGGUAUCUGAUAUCUGUGUUAUCGGUUUGUAACCGUGGGAGACUUCGAAUCACUGUCAUCACAACAAAUAAAGGGACAACUGGAUGUGUCAAAUGUGGAAGAGAGCAAUUUGGGGAUUACUUAGAGGGGUAAAUGAAUGUCACAGGUUGUAGGCAGUACACCGCCAUUGUGCUGCUACAGAAUUUGCUCCUUUUCUUUGAUGUGUGUGUCAACUCCUUCUCAGGAUUUACCCGGAGUCGUCCAGUCGAGCUGCUCUCCCUUUACGUAAUUCAAGAUUUCUGCUUGAUCGUCUCCCUCACGAUUCUGCUCGUCAACUUCUUUGGAACUUAUAUUUUCCAGGCAGGAUUGAUCCAGCUGUUGUACUUUCGCUUUCGAACGACCCUGAUUUUAUGUGUCAUCUACAUCACCCUGAACAUUAGUCUGCACGUAUGGCAUAUGACACUCCAUUGGCAUCAACCCCUAGUCCAUUACUGGACAAAGGGCUUUCAUGCUCUGUAUGCAGUCCAUAGAACAGUUCUGUACUAUUACUUUUACAAACGAGCUGCCUUCAAAAUAGGAGAUCCACGAUUUUACGAGGGGUCUAGAUGGGUGGAAAAGCAACUAAAUUUCGCAUAAACAUUUAUACAAAUUAUUUCAAUCCUAUAUGAUGUACAAAAUAAAUCAAAUGGCAUGAAAAACGUUGGUGAUGAAUCUAAAAUCUUAUGUACACAUGACCCAAUCGUUAAAAAUAUUUCGAAGAAGUUAAACUGUAUAAACAAUUAGGUACAGCAUCUUUGGAAAAAUUUCAAGCUCACCUCAGUUUAAAAAAAUGUAUUUACAUACGGUUUUUCCCAUCUUAACACGACGAAACUCAUUGAUUUUCAAGUGUAAGCCAGUAAUUACCUUUCACGAAUCUUUGUACUCAUUAUUUUAACAUAUUUAUGGCGCCGCCAGGAAAAUAAAAACAAGCUUCCUGUACUUUUGUAAAAACGUUUUCGAUAAAUUUCGGAAAGCCUAGGAGACUCGUAACAACUAUCUUAAUCUCUGAUGUAGCUUAGCGAAGAAUGAGUAAGUUUAACAAGAUAUUAAUCAUUCUACCAUUGUCUUUAUCAUCGAUCCGUCGGUGAUACAGAAAAAAUUGUGAAGUCACCAGCGUCCAAUGUAAACUCAUGCAUGCAAGUCCAAGUCUUAGAAAUUAUUUUCACUCUUAUAAUGCUCCUAGGCCAUCGCAAAUUUCCUACAUCAUUUUGCAAAACUUCCAACAAUUUAUGUACAAAAAUAAUAAUUUUUUUUUAAUUUACAGGCGAAUCGGUAAACCGAGAUAAGUCGCUUUUGACGAUUGAUCAGUUUUUGAUGAAUAUCUCGGAAUCUAAGGGAGAUGGAAUUUUUUUUCUCAUAACAUUUUUUGUAGAGUGAAUUGAGUACUACAAUAAAUGUAGUUACAAAAAAUCCGCUAUCUACCUUAGAUUCAGAGAUAUUACUGACCUUUCGCUACUCC